AUGGAAUCUUUGUUUACUAAAAUUGACUCCAUUGAAGAUGAGAUCAUAUUGCAGGAUCCAGAAUGGGUCAGUGAAUUGCAUGAAGAUAACUCUUCCAAGAAAUGGAAAACAUUUAAGUCCGUCUUCAAAAAAACCAAAAGCUUCGAUAUGAACAGUGGCCUAUCGGUUGAUUCACAGAUGAUCAAAUCUAAAGAUUUCGUACUAGAUAUGAACAAACCUGGGGGUUCGCCGACUUUUGGGGAAGUACAAGAACCUUUCGAGAGCUACGUUAGUGAGCUAAAGCCAAAUAAAUCAAUCAAGGAAAAGUAUCAAUUAAUAUCUGGGCUGAGCAAAAAAUAUCAUCUUAGUACACCGAAGUUUGAAGACAUGGGUAAAGGAUCGUUAUCUCUUUUUUGGGAUUAUCUUAGAGGUAAGACGCAUUAG